AUGGAGGCGGCGGCCGCCCCGCCGCUCCCGCUCCCGCUGCUGCUGCUGCUGCGGCUCCUCGCCGCCUCGGUGCUGCGCUGCGAGCCGGGCUCGGCCGGGGCAUCUCCCUUCCUGCUCUUUGCCAACCGGCGGGAUGUUCGGCUCGUGGAUGCCGGAGGCACAAAGCUGGAGUCCACUGUGGUGGUCAGUGGUUUAGAGGACGCUGCUGCGGUCGACUUCCAAUAUUCACAAGGCAUCGUUUUCUGGACAGAUGUGAGUGAAGAAGCCAUCAAGCAAACUUACAUUAACCAAACUGGGAAUGUGGUGCAGAAUGUCAUCAUUUCUGGUCUGGUUUCCCCGGAUGGCCUGGCGUGUGAUUGGAUUGGGAAAAAACUUUAUUGGACGGAUUCAGAAACCAAUAGGAUAGAAGUAGCUAAUCUCAAUGGAACAUCUAGAAAAGUCCUCUUCUGGCAAGACCUUGAUCAGCCCAGGGCAAUAGCUUUGGAUCCGGCUCAUGGAUACAUGUACUGGACUGACUGGGGUGAAACGCCCCGGAUAGAGCGGGCAGGAAUGGACAGCAGCAUGCGGAAGAUUAUUGUUGAUUCCGAUAUUUAUUGGCCAAAUGGACUCACGAUAGAUCUCGACGAGCAGAAACUUUACUGGGCUGAUGCAAAACUGAGUUUCAUUCAUAGGGCAAAUCUGGAUGGUUCCUUUAGGCAAAAAGUCGUUGAAGGCAGCCUUACUCAUCCCUUUGCUCUGACGCUGUCUGGGGACACUCUGUACUGGACGGACUGGCAGACGCGCUCCAUCCACGCCUGCAACAAAAGGACGGGAGAGAAAAGGAGAGAGAUCCUGUCUGCCCUCUACUCACCCAUGGACAUCCAGGUCCUGAGUCCGGACCGGCAGCCCUACUUUCACACUCCAUGUGAAGAAAACAAUGGUGGAUGCUCCCAUCUGUGCCUGCUGUCUCCAAGGGACCCCUUCUACAGCUGUGCCUGUCCCACUGGUGUGCAGCUGGAAGAUGAUGGCAGGACAUGCAAAGCAGGUGCUGAGGAAGUCUUGCUGCUCGCUAGAAGAACUGACUUGAGGAGGAUUUCCCUGGACAUGCCAGAUUUCACUGAUAUCAUUCUGCAGAUAGACAACAUCAGACAUGCAAUUGCCAUUGACUAUGACCCUGAGGAAGGCUACAUCUACUGGACUGAUGAUGAUGUCCGGGCAAUUCGUCGGGCCUAUCUGGAUGGCACUGGAGCCCAGACUCUGGUGACCACAGAAAUCAACCAUCCAGAUGGCAUUGCUGUGGAUUGGGUGGCCAGGAACCUGUACUGGACUGACACUGGCACGGACCGCAUUGAAGUGACCCGGCUGAAUGGGACGUCAAGGAAGAUCCUUAUCUCAGAAAACCUGGAUGAACCUCGAGCCAUAGUGCUCAAUCCUGUAAUGGGCUACAUGUAUUGGACAGACUGGGGUGAAAGUCCAAAGAUAGAAUGUGCUUAUUUGGAUGGCUCAGAAAGGCGAGUUCUGGUGAAUACAUCCCUUGGGUGGCCUAAUGGCUUGGCACUGGAUCUUGAAAAAAACAAGCUUUACUGGGGAGAUGCAAAAACAGAUAAAAUUGAGGUCAUAAAUGUUGACGGAACAAUGAGGAAAACCCUCUUAGAAGACAAGCUUCCACAUAUAUUUGGGUUCACACUGCUGGGGGACUACAUCUACUGGACUGACUGGCAGAGACGAAGCAUUGAAAGAGUUCACAAGAUUAAGGCCAGCAGAGACAUCAUUAUUGAUCAGCUGCCGGAUUUAAUGGGCCUUAAGGCAACGAGUGUCACCAAAGUAUUUGGAACUAAUUCAUGCGCAGAGAACAAUGGAGGCUGCAGCCAUCUGUGUUUCUUUACACCCCAGGAGGCCAGGUGUGCUUGUCCCAUUGGCCUUGAGCUGUUGAGUGACAUGAAGACUUGCAUCAUUCCUGAAGCCUUCUUAGUUUUCACAAGCAGAGCAGCAAUUCAUAGGAUUUCCCUUGAAACCAAUAAUAAUGAUGUUGCUAUUCCUCUUACUGGAGUCAAGGAAGCAUCUGCUCUGGAUUUUGAUGUCUCUGAUAACAGAAUCUAUUGGACUGAUGUUAGUUUGAAGACCAUAAGCCGAGCUUUCAUGAAUGGGAGCUCUGUUGAACAUGUAAUUGAGUUUGGGCUAGAUUAUCCUGAGGGAAUGGCUGUAGACUGGAUGGGAAAGAACCUCUACUGGGCAGAUACUGGAACCAAUCGCAUCGAAGUCGCCCGCCUGGAUGGACAAUAUAGGCAGGUCCUUGUGUGGAAGGACUUGGACAACCCAAGGUCUCUGGCUCUUGAUCCCACCAAAGGAUACAUGUACUGGACUGAGUGGGGAGGUAAACCCAGGAUCGUUCGAGCCUACAUGGAUGGGACAAACAGCAUCACUUUGGUGGACAAAGUGGGGCGUGCCAAUGACCUCACUAUUGAUUAUGUGGACCAAAGGCUCUACUGGACUGACUUAGACACAAGCAUGAUUGAGUCAUCAAAUAUGCUGGGACAAGAGCGAGAAAUCAUAGCAGAUGAUCUACCUCAUCCAUUUGGAUUAACUCAGUACAGUGACUACAUCUACUGGACAGACUGGAAUCUUCACAGCAUAGAAAGAGCAGACAAGACCAGUGGGAAGAACAGGACACUUAUUCAGGGCCAUCUGGAUUUUGUGAUGGAUAUAUUGGUCUUCCAUUCUUCUCGUCAGGAUGGCUUGAAUGAUUGUGUGCAGAAUAAUGGCCAUUGUGGUCACUUGUGCCUUGCCAUCCCAAAUGGAUUUAGGUGUGGCUGUGCUGCUCAUUACACCUUGGAUCCCAACAGCAGGAACUGUAGUUCCCCGGCCAGCUUCCUGCUAUUUAGCCAGAAAUCUGCCAUCAGCAGGAUGAUACCUGAUGAUCAGCAAAGCCCAGAUAUCAUCCUACCUAUGCAUGGUCUAAGGAAUGUCAAGGCUAUUGAUUAUGAUCCCUUAGAUAAAUUGAUCUACUGGGUGGAUGGGCGCCAGAAUAUUAUAAAAAGAGCCAAAGAUGAUGGCACCCAGCCUUUCACUGUAAUGAGUACCCCAAACCAAAGUCAGAACCCGGAGAAGCAGCCACACGACCUCAGCAUUGAUAUAUACAGCCAUACCUUGUAUUGGACCUGUGAGGCCACAAAUUCUGUCAAUGUGCACCGGCUGAACGGCGAAUCCAUCGGGAUGGUGCUGCGAGGGGACCACGACAGGCCCAGAGCCAUCGUAGUGAACGCAGAGCGAGGGUACAUGUACUUCACCAACAUGCAGGAGAGAGCUCCCAAGAUUGAGCGUGCAGCCCUGGAUGGCACAGAGAGAGAAGUGCUUUUUACAACUGGGUUGAUCCGACCAGUAGCACUGGUGGUUGACAACAAACUUGGAAAGCUUUUCUGGGUGGAUGCAGAUCUGAAGCGCAUCGAAAGCUGUGACCUCUCAGGUGCCAACCGUGUGACCCUGGAGGACUCCAACAUUCUUCAGCCCAUGGGACUCACUGUGCUGGGGAAUCACUUGUACUGGAUUGAUCGUCAGCAGCAGAUGAUUGAGAGAGUGGAGAAAGUGAAUGGGUACAAAAGGACUAGAAUUCAAGGCCGGAUUGCUCACCUAACAGGCAUUCAUGCUGUGGAGGAGCUUGAUAUGGAAGAAUUCUCUGUGCAUCCAUGCUCUCGUGACAAUGGUGGGUGUUCGCACAUCUGCAUUGCCAAAGGGGAUGGAACUCCCAGAUGUUCAUGCCCUGAGCACCUUGUGCUUCUACAGAAUCUCUUAACGUGUGGAGAACCUCCAACUUGUUCCCCAGACCAGUUUACGUGUGCAACUGGAGAGAUUGACUGUAUCCCAAUGGCAUGGCGAUGUGAUGGGUUUCCUGAGUGUGAUGACCAGAGUGAUGAAGAUAGCUGCCCCAUAUGCUCUGCAUCCCAGUUCCAGUGUGAGAAGGGACAGUGCAUUGAUGGACACUUGCGGUGUAAUGGAGAAAUUGACUGUCAAGAUAAAUCUGAUGAAGCAGAUUGUGAUACAAUUUGUCUGCCCAACCAGUUCCGAUGCGCGAGUGGCCAGUGCAUCCUCCUGAAGCAGCAGUGUGACUCCUUCCCAGAUUGCAUCGAUGGUUCUGACGAGCUCAUGUGUGAGAAAUCAAAGCCAGCCUCAGAUGAGUCCCAGCCACACAGCAGUGCCAUCGGUCCUGUCAUUGGGAUAAUCCUGUCCCUUUUUGUCAUGGGAGGAAUGUACUUUGUUUGCCAGCGGGUGGUGUGCCAGCGCUACGCGGGGCCCAAUAGUCCUUUUCCACAUGAGUAUGUCAGUGGCACUCCUCACGUCCCUCUUAAUUUUAUUGCUCCAGGAAGUUCUCAACAUGGCACUUUUACUGGCAUCUCUUGUGGAAAGUCCAUGAUUAGCUCCAUGAGUCUCAUGGGAGGAAGCAGUGGUGCCCCGUUGUAUGACAGAAACCAUGUUACUGGAGCAUCUUCAAGUAGUUCAUCCAGCACUAAAGCCACUUUCUACCCACAGAUUUUGAACCCACCUCCUUCCCCAGCUACUGAUCGCUCCUUAUACAACGCAGAGAUGUUUUAUUCCUCAAACAUUCCUUCUAACACAAGAUCUUACAGGCCGUACCUUAUACGAGGGAUAGCUCCACCCACGACCCCAUGCAGCACAGAUGUCUGUGACAGUGACUAUACUACGAGCCGAUGGAAGGCCAACAAAUACUAUAUAGAUUUAAAUUCAGACUCAGACCCUUAUCCCCCUCCACCCACACCUCGCAGUCAGUACAUGUCGGCAGAAGAAAGUUGCCCUCCAUCUCCUGCCACGGAACGAAGCUAUUUUCACCUCUAUCCCCCUCCACCCUCUCCUUGUACAGACUCUUCAUGA